AUGAGUGGGAAUACGCAGGGAAUCGCAUUCUCGGGACAAGAAGCAGCGAGAGGGAAUGCCUCGCCCGCACCGCUGUUCUACGCCGAGGUUGAUUUACCCCAGAAUGGGAGAUCUGGUGAUCAGGACUUGGCGGAGCGAAUCGUCGAGCAGGCUUGGCGGCUAAACGGGAAGCAUUGA